UGCGUAAUUUUCAAUUGGCAAAAAUCUUUCCACCAAACUCAAAAGGAAAAAGAAAAAGAAAAGGGAAAAACAACAAAGAUGAUGUUGAGCGGCGACCUUCCCAUUUCAUCUUUGUAAGUUUGAUUCAAUAACUGGAAAGUGGUCCAACAAUGGCAUGAUCAACCAUUUGAUCUCGAAAUUCAAAUCCAUAAUACAAACAAACGAACACCCAAUUGGUUGGUUGGUUCAAUUCAAGAUUCUAAGUUAAGUUAAUGGCGGACUAGUGCGUUUAAUCGCCAUUGUUAAUCAAUCCUCAUUGACGUAGAGCUUUCUUUUUGUUUGGUGCUUCGCUGUGCUUGUCUUUUCAUUACAAAUAUUUUCCACUUUUUUCUCUCUCUCUUCAGCUAAUGGCUUUGAGGUUUGGCCGGUGCAUGGCGGCGGCCACCAGGUAAUUCGCCGGUUUAUAACCGAGGCAGUACGGCGGCACCACCGUGUGAAUUCUCGGCUCCUCCACUAAGUUUUAAUGGAGCAGAGAGGGAAAUCAACUCCUCUGAAGAACUUUACGACGUCAUCUCGCGGCGGAAGGGUUUCUUUGAAGGCUAUGGAGUCGCCUAAGCGGAUGGUUUCUGUAUCGGCAGUUGAAUCGACGCCUCAGUCUGGUGUGAAGAAGCAAAGUUCGAAAGUUAUCAGAUCUCUGACGCCGAUUGCUCCUAAGAAGGGGAGGGAUGGUGAGAAUGUUGGAGUCUUGGCUCGAACGGUCAACCGUGGUGGUCUCAAGCAAGUUUCGCACCGGCGUUCUCUUUCUGGUACGGGUCCGUGUGCGAAUGUUGAGGAUUGUAAUGGAGUUAAGAGUGGAUUGCAGGAGAAGCUUUGUUUUGCGGAGGAUUUGAUUAAAGAUUUGCAGUCUCAAUUAGUGGUGUUGAAGGAGGAGUUGCAGAAGUCUCAGAGCUUGAACAUGGAACUUCAAUCGCACAACGAUUUGCUCGUUCGUGACCUAGCCGCUGCUGAAGCGAAGCUCGCUAGUGUUAGCAAUAACGACCAGAGGGAGUCAGUUGCAGAGGACUCGCAACGAAACGCCGAGGACAAUCAGAAACUUGUAAAUGGAAAGUUGGAGACCCGACCUUCGAGUUCGUGUCGGGAUGUUAGAGAUUUGGAAUGCAAGGCUCCACCACCACGGGCGGCGCCGCCGCCACCGCCGCCGCCUCUUCCUGUCCAGUCCAUGCCCCGAGUAGCGGCCACACAGAAAUCUCCAGACCUCGUACGCAUCUUUCACUCGUUAAGAAAGAAAGAGGGGAAGAGAGAUCCUCCAUUGUUGGGUAAACCGGCUGCGAUCAAUGCGCAUAAUAGCAUUGUUGGGGAAAUUCAGAAUCGUUCUGCGCAUCUUUUAGCGAUAAAAGCAGAUAUUGAAACCAAAGGAGAGUUCAUCAAUGGCCUCAUUGACAAGGUGCUUGUUGCAGCUCAUACGGAUAUAGAAGAUGUCCUCAAGUUUGUCGACUGGCUUGAUUCCCAACUUUCAUCAUUGGCUGAUGAGCGAGCUGUGUUAAAGCAUUUCAAGUGGCCUGAGAAAAAAGCCGAUGCCAUGCGAGAAGCAGCCAUAGAAUACCGUGCACUCAAACUGUUGGAAAAUGAAAUCUCAUUUUACAAGGAUGACACUAGUUCUCCAUGUGAGGCAGCCUUGAAGAAGAUGGCGAGUUUGUUAGACAAGUCAGAGCGAGGCAUACAACGCUUAAUUGCUCUUCGGAGUACUGCCAUGCAUUCUUAUCAGGACCUGAAACUCCCAACAAAUUGGAUGCUAGACUCGGGAAUCAUGAGUAAGAUAAAGCAAGCGUCUAUGAAUCUGGCCAAGAUGUACAUGAAAAGAGUGAAAACGGAGCUGGAUUCCAUUCGUAGUUCGGAUAAAGAAUCCAACCAGGAAUCUCUCCUACUUCAGGGAAUUCAUUUUGCAUACAGAACUCACCAGUUUGCUGGAGGGCUUGAUUCAGAAACAUUGUGUGCUUUUGAGGAAAUAAAACAAUGGGUUCCAAGACAAGUGCUGGGAAGAUCCCAUUCUCAAGGAUUGAUAGUUGGCAUACCAUCAUCAUAACCCAGUAACAAUUAUUCUCCUUAUGUAAAAUAUUCAAUCUUUUGUAGCAUAUUUAUUGAAAAUGAGGAGGAGGUAAUUGUAAGAUAGAUGUUCAUUACUAAUUGGUUAAUGUUAAUGAAGUCUUGAUAAUAUUUGGUUGCUUUGUAGUGUGGCUUAGAGAAAUGACGUUUCAAAUAGUAGUAGUAGUAGGGUUUUUUUUUUUUUUUUUAAGAUCUUUUUGUAAUAAAUAAAAUUAGCUUCAUUUAC